AUGUCCAAUUUGACCAAACCUCUUAUUUUAUUUCUGUGUCUACUUAUGACUGGAGAAUGUCGUAAGAACAGUCAACGGGAGCGGAGAUGGACGGGCACUGUGGAUUCCCAAAAGCAUGGCAUCUCCUUGGCAAAGAAGCCCCCAGAUGUGACCAAGUCUCGCAAAAUGAAGACAGAGCAUCUAAUCAAAGUGGAUGAUCAUGACUUCACCAUGAGGCCAGCCUUUGGAGGCCCUGCCAUCCCUGUGGGAGUGGAUGUUCAGGUGGAGAGCUUAGACAGCAUCUCUGAAGUUGAUAUGGACUUUACCAUGACAUUGUACCUGAGACAUUAUUGGAAAGAUGAGCGUCUGUCAUUCACCAGCAGUACCAACAAGAGCAUGACAUUUGAUGGCCGUCUGGUGAAAAAGAUCUGGGUUCCUGAUGUAUUUUUUGUCCACUCGAAGAGAUCUUUCAUCCAUGACACAACCACAGACAACAUCAUGCUGCGUGUCUUUCCUGAUGGUCACGUGCUUUACAGUCUCAGAGUCACUGUGACUGCAGCUUGUAAUAUGGACUUCAGUCGAUUUCCUCUGGAUUCUCAGACUUGUUCCCUGGAGUUGGAGAGCUAUGCAUAUACAGAUGAAGACUUGAUGCUUUAUUGGAAAAGUGGUGAUGAGUCCCUAAGUACUGAUGAUCGUAUAUCAUUAUCACAAUUCCUCAUUCAGAAGUUCCACACCACAUCUCGUUUGGCCUUCUACAGCAGCACAGGCUGGUACAAUCGCCUGUACAUCAACUUCACGCUGAGACGCCACAUCUUCUUCUUUCUGCUACAGACAUAUUUUCCUGCCACACUAAUGGUGAUGCUAUCAUGGGUGUCAUUUUGGAUUGACCGUCGGGCUGUGCCAGCCAGAGUUUCCCUUGGUAUUACCACUGUGCUAACCAUGUCCACCAUCAUCACUGGUGUGAAUGCAUCUAUGCCUCGAGUAUCUUACAUCAAGGCAGUGGAUAUUUACCUCUGGGUCAGCUUCGUCUUUGUCUUCUUAUCUGUGUUGGAAUAUGCUGCAGUCAAUUACCUGUCCACCGCCCAGGACCGUCGGGAACGUAAAAUGAGAGAGCGGGCACGAUCACAAUCACUGCCCUGCACAUGUGGUAUUUCCCAAACAAGAACCAUGGCAAUGUUAGACGGUACCUACAGCGAGGCCGACACCAACAGUCUCGCCGGCUACACCGAAGAGCCCAUGGUGCCCGAGGAGGAGCCAGAAGAAAUGCGUGACAUUUCAGAGAAAACUGAAAAUAUGGUGGUUCAUCUGUCAGUGAGCAGUGAGUCCACCACCACGAAGAAGAAGAAGAGCCUACGCGGCCUAAACAUUAUCCAAAACACACACGCCAUUGACAAAUACUCCCGUAUGAUUUUUCCUGGGUCAUAUAUUUUUUUCAACUUAAUUUAUUGGUGUGUCUACUGCUGA